AUGUCGAGCGAAAAAUCCACGAGCGCCCUGUUCGAUCUCGCGAGCGUCUCGCCGCUCGGCGUCGAUCGCGCGCGAUGGUCGCGCGAAAGGGGGACGACGGAAUGGUCGGACGAUGGGUCGACGUCGAGGGCGUUUCCGUUCAUCGCGUCCCCGACGGCGGCGGUGUUUAGGCCCACGGGGGCGGCGGUCGGUCUCGCGCGCGCGUCGGCGUCGACGGCGUCGACGAUGGCGGUGCCGAAAGCGGUGCCGGUGGUGGAAUCGAUGAAUGGGACGAUUCGCGCGCGGGCGCCGCGCGUGACGCGGGACGACGACGGCGACGACGACGGCGACGACGACGCGCCCGUGGUCGAGGAUGGAAGCGCGGCGUUACACGAGGCGCGCGUGCGGCGCGCGCUCGACGCGGCGGCGCGAGGGGUGGACGUGGGGCGGAUGCUCGCGGCGCGAGGCGGAGGCGUCGCGCGCGCGGCGGACGACGCGACGCGCGCGCCAGAGGUGACGACGACCGCGUCGGAAGAAGCGACGACGAAUGAUUUGGUGGAGAUGGGCGUGGUGGAGACGAUGACGACGACGCCGUCGCUGGAGACGGUGCACGUCGAGGAAGAUGAAGACGCGUUCGAGCGCGCCGUCGCGCGGGCGCUCGAAGCGGCGACGCGCGCGCCGAACACGCCCGUGGAGAAACAGCCGCUCGAGCGCGCGGUGCCGAGGAGAGCGUUCGAUGGGAAACUCAAGGUGAAAUCUCCCGAGAAGUACGCGACCGUGGAGCGUCCGCGAAUGGACCCGGCGCGCGAGGCUUUGGACUUUGAGGCGAAACUCGAGGCGGCUAUGCGAGCCGCCGAAGCCGGGGGCGAUUUAAGCGCGAUUUUGAGCGGACCGUCGGUGAAGAUAGCGCGCUCGCCGAUUGGCACUGCUAGCGCGGAGUCGCGCGUGAAUUACCGCGAGCUUGGAUUCACCAAGGCGGAGAGAGAACAUCAUCGCUUACACGUAGCGGGAUCGAGAGAGGCGUGA